AUGGCGUCGAAAAUGAAAGCUUUGGUCACAGUCGGAGACAAAACUGCCAAGGUCCAAGAAAUAGAUGUGCCGAAGCCAGGCGAGGGCGAGAUCCUGGUCAAGGUACACUAUGUCGCGCAAAACCCCACGGAUUGGAAAGGCGUGAUGUCGGCACCGGCAGGACGUACCGUCGGCUGCGACUUCGCGGGCACGGUAGAGGACAACAACGGCUCACACUGGCGCAACGGUCAGCGCGUGGCCGGCUGGGUCCAUGGCCAAUCAUCCGAGCCGCCCCGAGGCGCGUUCGCCGAGUACCUUGUCGUCGAAGCCAGCCUGGUGUAUCCGAUCCCGGACAAGACAUCGUUCCAGGACGCCGCCGUCGUGCCCCUGGCCUUCGCCACCGCGGUCCAGGCUAUGGUCGGCCGGCUGAAGACGCCGGAGCCCAGCAAGCCGGCCAAGACCGCGUUCCCGUUUUUGGUUAAUGGCGGCACGUCGAGCGUGGGCAAGUACGCGGUGCAGCUGGGCAAGUUGUCCGGCGCAUUCGUCAUCGCGACCGGCUCCAAGGCCAACCACGAGCUGCUGAAGUCGCUCGGCGCCGACGCGACCGUGGACUACAAGGAUGCCGACUGGCCGUCGCAGGUGCGCAAGCUGUCGCACGACGGCCUGGAGCACGCCUUCGACUGCAUCGCCGAGAAGGGCACCAUCGAGGCGAUGGCGCGGGCCAUGUCGCCGACGAAGGGCGGCCACGUCGUCACGCUGCUGCCCGUGGGCGGCGAUGUCCGGGACAAGAUCGAGAACAAGAAGGUCAGGCUCGAGAGCACCAUCGCCUACACCGUGUUCGGGCGCCCGCUGGACUACCCCUUUGACAAUUGCGGGAAUGGGCCGACGCCGGAGGAUAAGGCGCUUUGGGAGAAGUACUUGGCUAUGCUGCCAGAUUUGCUGUCUAGUGGCAGGCUGAAGCCUAAUCGGGUCAGGGAGUUGGGCGGGAUUGAGACGAUUUCGGAUGGGUUUAGGGAGCAGCAGGAGGGCAAGGUCCAUGCGGAGAAACUGGUCUAUAAGAUCGCGUGA